UAUGCUUUCUGAAAAACACACAAACAAAUCCUAAGAAAACUCCGCUAACUCCCAUCUGGAUUACCUCCUUAAGUUCUGUUUUAUUAUGUGUCCUUUAUGAAACUCACCUAUGUAUACAUUUAUGUCUAUUUUAUUAGUGGUUGAACGACAUAAUCACAAAGUUCCCUCUCCUCCCUUUCCCUUAACAUUAAUUAGAAAUAUUACUUUACCAUAAAGUAGAAAAAAUAAAACUUAAUCAUCACAUUUGAUUUAAUAUACUGUUUCUAGAGCAAUACACUAACGUCAACUUGCCAUCCUUAUUUUUUGACUUGACUCUGGUGGGCCAUGAAAUCCGAAAACAAAAACUCAAUUUCACAGAUCUCGAACUAAUAUAAACUUGCUGGAGUUGCAUUUCCCAGCACCGUGAGACAUGCGACUUCAUAUGUAGAGUUACAUAUUUCGGACAUUUUAUUUGAUUCUCGCCCCAUCGGCUGGUCAACUUGUGGGGCUUAGGCCAUUUCCAAAUCCUUCAAUCACAUAUCUGCAAUUUCUCUCGAUCAAUGCCGCAACAGGACAUAAAUGGAAACUGAUCCUCGCUUACCUACCUGAACAUCACUUGUUGGUCCCUGUUAAAGCAUGUCAAAUCUUUUGUGAUUUGCUUUUAGAAUUUUAGCAGACACAGCUAAAGAUGAAAAGAAGGAGCUCUUCUCCAGAAACUAGGUCCACUGGCCAUGGCUCAUCUAGACCUGAGUACGACGUGUUCCUGAGUUUUCGAGGACCGGAUACUCGCUUUAACUUCACAGAUGUCCUCCAUUAUGCCCUGUUAGAUAGGGGUAUCAGUGUUUUCAUAGACAAGCAAGGGAUUGACGUUGGUGAAGAGAUCGGUCCUGAGAUCUUUCAGGCCAUUGAUGACUCAAAAAUCUGCAUUCCCAUCUUCUCUAGAGGCUAUGCCUCCAGUAGUUGGUGCUUGCGCGAGCUGGAGAAAAUGAUGGAGUGUAGGAAAACCAAGGAACUAGAGGUUAUGCCCAUUUUUUAUGACGUGCAACCUUCCGAUGUGAAGCUUGAAACCAAAGUAUAUAGAGAUGCAUUAACGCUGCAUGAAAAAACACAUGGGGUUGAGAUUGUGCAACGCUGGGCAGAGGCGCUCAAGGAGGUUGCUAGAAUCAAGGGAUGGGACACCAAGAACAUAGGCCAUGGAGAACUCACACGGCUAAUAGCUCAUAAAGUUUUGGUUAAGCUUAAGGUGUCUUCGGUACAUCUGUCCGAUAAUUUGGUCGGGAUCGACCAAGCAGUGGAUGAAGUAACAGAUUUGUUGAGUGUUGAAUCUAAGGACAUAAGGCUUGUUGGAAUAUGUGGAAUAGGUGGUAUAGGCAAAACAACUCUUGCCAAGCUUAUUUACCACGAACUGUCCGCUAAUUUUGAAAAUUGUUGCCUUCUCUCGGAUGUUCGACAAGCAUCAGAAAGUUCAAGUUUCAGUCUUCUACAACUGCAAAGGCAACUUGUGCAUGAUAUCCUUGGGGACAAAACAAUCGAGGUUUCUAGCAUCGAUGAAGGGAAAAAUUUGAUCCAACGACGAUUUAGUAGAAAAAAAGUUCUUAUUUUCCUUGAUGAUGUAAAUCAUAGGAGCCAACUUAUGGCAUUAGCAGCAAAGAAAGAAUGGUUUGGUUUGGGAAGUAGAAUACUUGUUACGACAAGAGAUAAAAGUGUUUUAUGUGAAUUUGAAGAUCAAUUUGAGCAUUGUUUAAUUUAUGAAGCUAAGGAGCUCAACAAUCUCGAAACGCUUCAACUUUUCAGCAAGCAUGCCUUUAGAAGCAUCUCUCCUCCAAAUGCAUUCUUGAGUCUAUCUAAGAAAAUUGCUGCAAAAACCGGAGGGCUUCCUUUGGCCAUUGAAGUGAUAGGCUCAUUUUUAAUUGGGAAGAAGCAAGCAGUGUGGCAAAGUAUGUUGAAAAAGAUGGAAGAGUGUCCUCAUAAGGAUGUGAAAGAUAAGUUAAUGUUGAGUUAUGAGGCAUUAGAUCAUCACCAACGACAAAUAUUUCUUGAUAUUGCUUGCUUUCUAGUUGGAGAAAAUAAGAGAGAUGCAGAUUACAUGUGGAAUGACUGUAGAUAUUUUCCGGAUGAGGCGAUUGAAGUUCUACUUUUAAUGUCCUUAGUAAAAAUUACAGCAGAGAACCAAUUGUGGAUGCAUGAUCAGCUUAAAGACUUAGGCCGGAGCAUUGUGUACCAAGAAAACUAUGAAGACCCAGGAAAGCGUUCUCGGGUGUGGAAUCAUGAAGAAGGUCUUGAUAUGAUCAAAAGAAAGAAGGGAACCGAAACUGUUGUAGCAAUCUGUAUGAACUUUGCGGGGUUAUACCAGCCACUAUUUUGACAUCGGAUGAUUUUAUGAAAGUGCCAAGUAUUAGAUUUCUUAAAAUGGAUGGUGGGAACCUCUCUGGAGACUAUAAGAAUCUCUUUUCAGAAUUAAGAUGGCUGUCUUGGAAGAAUGCUCCUUCAGAGUUGCUUGCAACCAACUUUUGCCCCAAAAAUCUAGUCAUCCUUGACCUAUCAUGGAGUCCUAGUUUUUUGCGUGGCUGGAGUCAACUUAAGGUACGAGCAAAUUAUAAGGUGCAACAUGUCAUUUUCUUGCAGGAACAACAGUCCGAGUGUCGCACGGUUGCAGAUUGUCAUUUUAUUGAUUUUUUUUUCCUAGUUAAAUUUUAU